CAGACGCCGCGCCCGCCGCCGCUUUUGCCCGCGCAUCCUUGGAGGCGCGACCGCUGCCGCUGACUGUGCAGCCAUGGGCGAGCUCCAGCGCUCCGCCGCCGCUGUCCACCGCCAAGGCUGAGCUCGAGCAGAUUUCUCUCCCGGCGGCGCAGCCACCCAUGGUUGACGUCCGCGCCGGGCCGGGCCCCGAUCGUGCAGCCGCGGCGCGCGCGCUGGUGGCUGCGUGCGAGGAGCAGGGCUUCUUCAGGGUGACCGGGCACGGCAUGCCGCAGGAGCUGGUGCGCGCCGUGGAGGCGGCCGCGGCGGGGUUCUUCUACCUGCAGCAGGCCGAGAAGGAGGGCGGCGUGGGGGAGCCGGUAGGGUACGGCUGCAAGCAGAUCGGCCACGGCGGCGACCUCGGGUCGAUCCUGCUCUGCCUCACCUCCGCCGGCACCGUGUGCCGGCCGCGUCGUUCCUGUUCUCGACAUUGCCUUGCGCGACCGUGGCCGCUGCCGCCGCCGCCGCCGCUUACGGUGAGUUCGUUCGACACCCACACAUCGCACCACUUACAUACGGAGUACUUGCAAAAUCAUACUCCGUAAUAUUCAGUGUGUAGAACUGUUAGCUUUAAUCUUGAUUCAUACAUCUGCUUUGUUCAUUUCCUUGUGCAUUUAGCUAGCUAGUUGUGUUCUCCGUAGUAGUUUGUUGCCGGCAAGGUGUUACGUGUGACGCGUACGAAGCCGACGAAGUUUCAGUGAGGCAUGUUUGGCGAGAUGCUGAGGCGCCGUGUGAUGCGGCAAGCUUGGUGAGAUGCUGAUGGUGGCGUGAAGCUGCUGCAUGCAAGUACUGAAGACUACACGGGAAGUAGCCGAGUGCUUCGGUGGACAUUCAGUUAGCAGAUAGUUUGCACGCGUGGAGUUGUUAGCUAGGUGAUCAGUUAGCUGCAUGUGUGUUGUUAGUGUUGGCCUGGUCGUGUGGGUCAUAGAGGGAUUCUAGGAGGAAGAAGUGGUCAGCUUAGUUAGUGCGUGAGUGGCAUAAAAGUAGGAUUAGUGGUUUGCUUCGGCAGGUGCAUGUGUGCCUAUUUAAGGCCUUGUAAAGCAUAUGUUUAUUGGUAAUGAGAAAGAGGGAAAAUGUAGCACUUGUGGCUGCCAAAGAAGAGUCUCAGCCAAGCUUGUUUCUUCUUCCUUUGGCUAGUGUGUGUGCGUUCUGAGUUCCUUUCAUGGGUGUGUGCUUGUGAGAGGGACAAGAUAGAGUUGAGAGGUAGAAGAAGAAGAGGGGCUGCGAGGUGCAGCUCCUACAAGAACAACGUUUCUGCUCCACGUUGCACCCUGAGUGUCCCUGACAAAGCUCAUACUUGCGGUCAGAUUGCUGUACUGGAGUAGCAGUUAGCUCGAUAACUACUCUAUAACAAGAAGCUCUAAGCAGCAUGCCCUGUCAUGCUAGUUGGUCUUAAUUCCGACAGAACAUGACCUCAAACCGUAGCGACAAUGGAAGGGGGAGGAGGAGGGCACCUUCGUCCAAGUCUCCAUUCAGGUUCCGCUGGAGAGCUCGCCGGAGCGCUGUCGUCCAAUGGUGGUCGGAGUGCUGCAGGUGCUCGACCUUGCCGCCCCAGGCCUGUGGCCAUCUUUUUUCGGUUUUUAUGUGAUAGCUCUAUACAGAGACCACACUGCUACCCUAGUUCCAUGAUAGCUACAAUAACAUUUUUUUUUGCUACAUUUGUUC